AUGUCUGGGUAUACUGUAUCUUCUACUAAAUCAUACAUGCAGGCCAUGCAACCCAUGGUCGAUACACUUGAAGAGCUAAUGCGAGCCCAGCAACCACAAAAGGUGCCAGUGAUGGACAAUGAGUAUGCCAAAUACACACCAGUUGAAACACUUCUAUCACGGUUUGAUGGUAUUUCGACCAAGUCUUUUAAACGUAUGAUAGAGGGCUCGCUGUCGCAUGACACCCAGAUCUUAAAACAAAUUCAGGAUGAGUGUGGAAGUAUCAGCCUCGAUCGUGGCCAAGAAGAACAAGAAACGUUUACUCUAGUUCAGUCUAUGGUUGCAGAUUCAAAGAGUGAUGAACAGCUUCAGUCUUCCCUUUUUGAUAUUCUAGGGUUUGAUGAAUUCAAUUUAAUUUCGAAAAUUGUCCAGAACAAGCAAGUGUUUAAUGAAGCUUGUAAUAAUGGAUUGCUCUCUGCACAGGAUAGAGUUCAGUUGUUGAUAGACAAUCAAAAGCGUAAUGCCAACCAACAGUUGCUACCAAAGUCUGAAUUUCAAAAAUACCCCCAUGUAUAUAAAAAGCAGGACACUGUAAAUAUAGCUGCCAUCACUGGGGGAAAAUUUGCCCUACCUAAAGGUACAACUCGGAAUUCGUAUCCAUUAAAUGAAGAAUUGAUAAUACCAUAUCCUGAAGAGCUGCCGAACAAGUGGAUUUCGAAAAACCAGCAUGUCAAAGUUAAAGAUAUGGACUUUUUAUGUCAGGGUACUUUUAAAAACUAUCAGUCGCUAAACAAGGUGCAGAGUUUGGUCUUCCCUGUUGCUUACAAUAGCAACGAAAACAUGCUUGUUUGUGCCCCCACGGGUGCCGGUAAAACAGAUGUGGCUUUGUUGACAAUUUUACAUGCAAUUGGACAAUUCGUUACCGAGACUGUAGGCAACGACAAUGAUGUUACCAUCGAUAUUGAUUAUGAUGAGUUCAAAAUUGUCUAUGUUGCUCCAUUAAAAGCGUUGGCCGCUGAAAUUGUUGAAAAGUAUUCUAAAAAACUUCAGUGGCUAGGUAUAAAAGUGCGAGAGUUAACUGGUGACAUGCAGUUGACUAGGCAGGAGAUAAUUGCCACGCAGAUUAUUGUCACUACACCAGAAAAAUGGGAUGUGGUCACAAGAAAGCUGACGGGUGAUAGUGAACUUGUCUCGAAAGUGAAGCUACUCAUCAUUGAUGAAGUUCAUCUUUUACAUGAAGACCGUGGGUCGGUUAUAGAGACGUUAGUCGCUCGUACUUUGAGGCAGGUUGAGAGCACUCAACUGAUGAUCAGGGUUGUUGGACUAUCGGCCACUUUGCCCAAUUAUAUGGAUGUGGCUGACUUUCUUGGGGUAAACAGAAGUGUGGGGAUGUUUUACUUUGACCAGUCAUUCAGGCCAAUCCCGUUGCAGCAACAGGUGUUGGGUGUACGUGGUAAAUCGGGAUCAAAAACUGCAAGAGAAAACUUGGAUAAAGUCUCGUAUGAAAAACUUUCAGACUAUGUCAGUCAGGGUUUACAGGUUAUGGUGUUUGUACAUUCGCGUAAGGAAACAGUAAAUACUGCCAGGACAUUCAUACUGAUGGCACAAGAUCACAAUGAAUUGGGCUUGUUUGACUGUACAGAAACCGAGCAUUAUGAAAAAUACAAAAGAGAAGCAUCUCAGAAGAAUAGAAGUAAAGAAUUGCGAGAAUUAUUUCCUCAUGGAUUUGGAACUCACAAUGCCGGUAUGCUUCGAAGUGAUCGUAAUUUGACAGAAAAAAUGUUUGAGAGUGGAGCAAUAAAAGUGUUGUGCUGUACUUCAACAUUGGCCUGGGGUGUCAAUUUGCCAGCAGCUGUUGUCAUCAUCAAGGGAACCCAGGUUUACAACCCAAAAGAAGGUGGGUUCACAGACUUGGGCAUAUCGGAUGUCAUUCAAAUCUUUGGACGUGCUGGUAGACCACAGUACGAAAACUUCGGAACGGGUAUUUUGUGUACCACUAGUGACAAACUUGAUCAUUACGUAGCCUUGUUGACCCAGCAACAUCCUAUUGAAUCAAAAUUGAAGGAAAAAUUGAUUGAUAAUUUGAAUGCCGAGAUAUCUUUGGGUACAGUGACCAAUGUUGAUGAAGGUGUACAAUGGCUAGGAUACACCUAUAUGAUAACGAGAAUGAAAAAGAACCCAUUCGCGUAUGGAAUGGCUUGGCAAGAAAUACAGGAAGACCCUCUUUUGAUAAACAGGAGAAGAGAGUUGAUUGUAUCAUGUGCCAAACGGCUUCACGGAUUGCAAAUGAUUGUGUAUGAUGAUGAAACUGGGUCGUUUAUGCCAAAAGAUUUGGGAAGGAUAGCGUCAGAUUUUUACUUGCUCAGUAAUUCGGUGGAAAUAUUCAAUCAAAUGGUAAACCCAUUGGCAACAGAAGCUGACAUAUUGUCGAUGAUAAGUAUGAGUAGUGAGUUUGAUAGUAUCAAGUUUAGAGAGGAAGAGGCAAAAGAAUUGAAACAGUUGAUGGAGGAUGACUCCCCGUGCCAGAUUGGUGCAAACGUUGAUACACCCCAAGGUAAGACAAACAUUUUACUCCAAGCUUUCAUCUCGCAAGCCAAUAUAAGGGAGUCGGCAUUGAUAUCCGAUUCUAACUACGUUGCUCAAAAUUCUGCCAGGAUUUGUCGGGCCUUGUUUUUGAUUGCAAUGAACAGAAGGUGGAGCAAAUUGAUGAAUUUGAUGUUAUCCUUGUGUAAAUCCAUUGACAGGCGUAUAUGGUCGUUUGAACAUCCCAUGAUGCAAUUUGACUUACCUGAGCCAGUUUUGAGAAAUAUUCGUUCCAAAAAUCCCUCCAUGGAAAUGCUUAGAGAUAUGGAAGCUGCCGAAUUGGGAGACAUGGUCCACAAUAAGCUGAUGGGCAACGUGUUGUACAAGCUUGUUGGUAAAUUCCCUUACAUAGAGAUUGAUUCGGAAAUCUUUCCGAUCACGACCAACGUGAUGAGGAUUCAUAUAGCACUCCAACCAGAUUUCAUGUGGGAUGAUAGACUUCAUGGACAAGCACAGUAUUUUUGGCUAGGUGUUGAAGAGUCUGACAGCACCAAUGUAUUGCAUGUGGAAAAAUUCAUCUUGCAUAAACGACAGUUGAACAGUCCUCAUGAUAUGGAUUUUAUGAUUCCAUUAUCGGAUCCGCUUCCUCCACAAGUUAUUGUAAGAGUCGUUUCCGACUCAUGGAUUGGCUCUGAAACAAUACAUCCAGUCUCGUUUCAGCAUUUGAUUAGGCCUCAAAAUGAGACAAUGAAAACGGAGCUUUUGCGAUUACAGCCAUUGCCUGUCACGGCAUUGAAGAACCUGGAGAUCGAGAAAAUAUACUCAUCUAAGUUCAAGUAUUUUAAUCCAAUGCAAACAAUGGUAUUCCAUACCUUGUAUAAUACAAAUGAAAGUGCGUUUGUCGGAUCUCCUACUGGAUCGGGAAAGACUUUGGUGGCAGAGUUGGCUAUUUGGCAUGCAUUCAAUGAAUUCCCUUCGUCAAAAGUGGUUUACAUUGCUCCUAUGAAAGCAUUGGUUCGUGAGAGAGUAGACGAUUGGAGAAAGAGAAUUUGCAGAAAUAGCAGUCACAAGUUGGUUGAGUUGACAGGUGACUCGUUGCCUAGUGUUGAAGAGGUUAAAGAAGCAGACAUUAUCAUCACCACUCCCGAAAAAUUCGAUGGUAUAUCUCGUAACUGGCAAACAAGAAAAUUUGUUCAAAAGGUGUCGCUAGUGAUUAUGGAUGAGAUUCAUUUAUUGGCAAGUGAUCGUGGUCCCAUUUUGGAAAUGAUUGUUAGUCGUGUCAAUUAUAUCUCCUCCCAAACUAAGCAACCAAUUAGACUUCUCGGUAUGUCAACUGCAGUUUCAAAUGCAUUUGACAUGGCUGGGUGGUUGGGGGUUCGGAAUGGCCUUUUUAACUUCCCCCAGUCUGUGCGUCCUGUGCCUUUGCAAAUGUAUAUCGAUGGGUUCCCCGAUAAUUUGGCCUUUUGUCCCUUGAUGAAAACAAUGAACAAGCCGGCAUUCUUAGCUAUCAAGCAACACUCGCCUGAAAAACCUGUAUUAAUCUUUGUUGCAUCUCGUCGUCAAACACGGUUGACUGCAUUGGACUUGAUACAUUUGUGUGGAAUGGAAUCUAAUCCAAGACGGUUUUUAAACAUGUCCGACUAUGAGCUAGAAGAUGUGUUGGAAAAAGUCAAGGAUGAAACGUUGAAACUCUCGUUGCAAUUUGGAAUGGGAUUGCAUCAUGCUGGUUUAGUUGAAUCUGAUCGUCAAAUUUCCCACAAGUUAUUUGAAUCAGGAAAGAUUCAAAUUUUGAUUGCUACGUCUACUUUAGCAUGGGGUGUUAAUUUACCGGCUCAUCUUGUUAUUGUCAAGGGAACGCAGUUUUUUGAUGCAAAAAUAGAAGGCUAUAGGGAUAUGGACUUGACAGACAUUCUUCAAAUGAUGGGGCGUGCGGGAAGACCUGCUUUUGAUACCAGUGGAACUGCCAUUGUGUACACUAAGGAGUCUAAAAAGAUAUUCUACAAGCAUUUUUUAAAUUUGGGAUUUCCGGUGGAAUCUUCAUUGCACAAAGUUUUGGAUAAUCAUAUUGGUGCUGAAAUUUCGGCAGGUACAAUAAAGACGAGACAAGAAGCAAUGGACUUUUUAACGUGGACGUUUCUUUACAGAAGAGCUCAUAACAACCCUACGUAUUAUGGAAUUGAGGACGUUUCACAAUAUGGUAUUUCGCAGUAUUUGGCUGGUUUAAUUGAUAAAAGUAUUGACAGUUUGGUGGAGUCCAAAUGUGUAUAUACCGGAGGAACUGAAGAUUUGCAUCCAACUCCGUUUUUGCACAUCUCGUCGUACUACUAUCUUUCACAUUUAACAUUGCGUAAUUUUGUCAACAAGAUUAAGCCAGAGUUUAGCUUUAGAGAUGCCUUAAAGUUGUUAUCUGAGGCAACUGAAUAUGAUGAGUUGGCAACACGUCAUGGAGAAGAAUUGAUUAAUAUGGAAUUGUCACUUGCCAUGAGAUACCCCGCCGAGGAUCUUGAACGUGAAUUCAUUUGGGAUCCUCAUGUUAAGGCAUACUUGUUGUUGCAAGCAUUCAUGAGUAGGGAUGAGUUGCCGAUUGCCGAUUAUAGUCAGGAUACUGUCUCCAUCUUGGACCAGGCAUUGCGUAUUUUACAAGCGUAUAUUGAUGCAGCCGCUGAAAUGGGGUUUUUAAAAGCUGUGUUGACAUUUGUUGAAUUGAUGCAAUGUAUUAAGCAAAGGUGUUGGUAUGAUGAUGAUCCAGUGAGUACAUUGCCUGGUUUGAAGGUGAUCCCAAGAACCUCCAGUAAUGACACUAUUACUUUGCAGGGCUUAGGUUUAAUGAACAGAGGCCAAUUGUUCAAAAUAGCUGACAAGCUUGGCGUUUCCAGGGACAACACAGAUGCAAGAACACCAGCCAAUACCGAUGAAGAGGCCAGAAAGCAGUUUGUAAACGUGGCAUCGCAUUUGCCUACGGGAGAGCUCCGUUUUAACCAAGUUGAACCAGAAGUUGCUCGUGUAACGUUGACUCAUAACAACUAUCCGCUUAGUGAAGAAUUCAAGGUUUACUGUCCCCACUUCCCCAAACCACAAAGGGAAUCUUGGUUUGUCAUUAUUCAUGAUGGUAAAGAGUUGCUCUUGCUUAAGAGGGCUUCCCCCAGACUCAAAAUGAAAAGGGGACUUGUUUCUUGUGAAGUGGAUGUACCUGGAGACUUACAUGGCAAGAGCAUAACUAUUACCUGCGUCAAUGAUGCAAUGGAUAUCAAAUACGAUAUAGAGACCACCCUUUUAUAA